AUAAACCUUCUACUAACACUACUAACAAACACAACACUAGCCCUAUUACUCGUAUUCAUCGCCUUCUGACUCCCCCAACUAAACGUAUACGCAGAAAAAACAAGCCCAUACGAGUGCGGAUUCGACCCUAUAGGAUCAGCUCGCCUACCUUUCUCCAUAAAAUUUUUCCUAGUAGCCAUUACCUUCCUCCUUUUUGAUCUAGAAAUCGCCCUCCUGCUUCCCCUUCCUUGAGCUAUCCAAUCAAACAACCUAAACACAAUACUCACAAUAGCCUUAUUCUUAAUCUCCCUACUAGCAGCUAGCUUAGCCUAUGAAUGAACUCAAGAAGGCCUAGAAUGAGCCGAAU